AUGUUUGUUAUUCAGCGAUUGGAAAUCCGGCAUGUAAAACAAGUCCGUGCCGGUACUGUACAUAGAGCUCGUCUACUAUACGUACCAUACUGUACCAUACCAGCGCAGCCCAUCCUAAGCCCUCCCUCGGGAAGAGGUAUCGCUAGCAGCUCGAUAUCAGCUCAACGGCGACCUCCUCCUCCACCACCACCACCACCUCCUCCUCCUCCUCCUCCUCCUCCUCUUCCUCCUCCUCAGGAUUCCCCAUGCUACCUUCGACGUCUGCUCAUGUCUGAAAAAUCCCACAUACGAACUCAAUUCUCUCGAAUGCAGCGGUCCCUGGCCAAGCCCAUCCCGAAGCUUGGCCACGGCUUCGCCCCAAUACGUUACGCACUCGUUGUUUAUCCAAGAGUUUGGCCAGUCAGAACUCCAGAAGCUUCGAGUCAUGAACCUUCAUUUCUGUUUGAGGCUACUUGGGAGAGCGGCGGCGUGACGACAUCCAGUGGCAUCGGAUGUGCUGGACGACUGGCACGAUCAGAAGCCCGGGACCAGAUCCAUCGUGUUUUCGGGGUUCACAACCCGCUAAUCAACACUCAUGCGCAUAAGAUCAAUAGCGAUUCCUCUUUCGACAUCACCUUCGCCCUCGAAGGCAAUGACCAAGCUGUCAAACUAAUCCUGGAGCCCAACCGCAACAUCCUAGGAAAGGACGCGCACGUCCAGGUUUUAGACGGCCAGGGAAUCGUCCGAGACUCCAGACCGAUCGAACGGCAGGAGCACAAGGUGUUCAAAGGCUCAGCUUGGGUUCCCGAGCCUUCCGGGAACUGGCAGCGAGCCGGGUGGGCUAGAAUCUAUGUGAAGAGGGAUGGAUCCUCGCCACUCCUCGAAGGAGUCUUCAGUGUCUGGGGAGACCAUCAUCACAUCCAGCCGCGGUCCAGCUACCUGCGGAUCAAGCGAGAUGUAGACUUUGAUCCUGUCGAGAUCACAGAAGAGCGGAUGGUCGUUUACCGGGACUCGGAUAUGGUCUCAGCGGGAGAACGGAAGCGGGACUCUGUAAUUUCUCGAUGUCCAGCCGACGAGCUCAGCUUCAACUCUGGACCGGACAAUCCCAUCUUCGGGAAACCGGAGCCGAAAAUCUCAUGGAAUAGCGCGUCCCGAGGAUCUCUCGCCAAUCGGCAGAUCUUCACUGGAGACACCUCGAUAUUUGAAAAUUUGCGAGAUACGAUCGGGAGUACGGACGGCUGUCCGACAUCGGGACGAGUCGCGCUCAUUGGGAUAGCCACGGAUUGCUCCUACACUGCCGCCUUUGAGAGCACAGCUGCUGUUCGCGACAACUUGAUCGCCAUGGUUAACGCCGCAUCGGAUGUGUAUGAACGAACCUUCAACGUCACCCUCGGCUUGCAAAAUUUGACGAUUAGCGAUGCUGCUUGCCCAGCUACAGCAGCCGAUUCGGCCCCGUGGAAUGCGGCGUGCCCCACGAACGGAGAUAUCGAGUCGACCCUGGAGUCAUUUUCGCAAUGGCGAGGAGAGCGUAACGAUGAUAAUGCGUAUUGGACGAUGAUGACCACUUGUGGUUACGGAGGUACAGUGGGCCUUGCGUGGCUCGGUCAGCUUUGUGUAUCGAGACUUCGGGAAUCCGGGGGCCAGUCAGUCACCGGAGCUAAUGUUGUUGUGAGAUCUCCUGGAGAAUGGCAAGUCUUUGCGCACGAAACCGCUCACAUCUUCGGAGCGGUCCACGAUUGUAACGCGGGACAGUGUGAACUCUCUGAAAGCUUGCAACAGUGCUGUCCGGUCAGUGCUUCGGGAUGUGAUGCCGGUGCCCAGUAUCUCAUGAAUCCGAGCUCCUCGAGAUCCAUGACCGAUUUCUCACCAUGCACGAUCGGAAAUAUCUGUUCUGGAUUGGGCAGCAACAUGGUCCGUUCGCGAUGUCUUGUUGACAACGUCGAUCUUCCGAAUCUUAACGGGGCUGAAUGUGGCAACGGACUCGUCGAGGCAGGGGAGCAAUGUGAUUGUGGGCGCGAGGAAGAAUGCGGAGCCAACUCUUGUUGUAAUCCGACUACGUGUCAAUACCGCGACAACGCGGUCUGUGAUGAUGCUAAUGAAGCUUGCUGCUCCGGCUGUCAGUUCGCAUCUUCAGGAACUGUCUGCCGAGAAAGCAAGGGAUCUUGUGAUAUUGAAGAGACGUGCACCGGAUCCGCUGGAACUUGCCCAACUGACGUGUAUCAACCGAACGGAGACUCUUGCGGAGAUAGCGGAGGCCUCUUCUGCGCUGAAGGACAAUGCACCAGCCGGGAUCUUCAGUGUCAAGCCGUGGUGAUACAGGGGACAAGCAGCAACUUCACAAGUGCCUGUGAUGCCGAUUCUUGUCAACUGCGAUGCUCUCCCCGAGUGAAUUCACAAUUCUGUGUGGACAUGACCAGUGACCUACUCGAUGGAACUCCGUGUGACGGGGGAACUUGUAGCCGUGGGAUUUGCGGCAACGAGAGCUCGUCUGGUAACGGCUCCCCCUCGUCCUCAUCCUGGGUCGAUAGGAAUCGGAAUCUGGUCAUUGGGCUGGCGACUGGUCUGGGCAGUCUGACUUUGCUGCUGCUGGCAUGUGCGAUACUAAGUUGCUGUCGGAAGAGCAAGAGAAGUAAGGCGCUGUCAAUGCCACCACAGCCCAUGGGACAGCAAUCUCAUGGUCCCCCUCCUGCGUAUGCUGCGCCGGCGUUCGUGGACCGGCGGAGCAAUCCGCCGAUACACAGUAGCACAGACGCAUUGCCAAUUGAAAAAAGGCAGGCCGAGGACAGCUCACCUAGCAUGGCUCGUCCUUCAAGGGAUGGGUUAUUCAAGCGAACAUUAAGCUCGCCAAAGCCGCCGCCAGUCUCUUCUUUCAUAUUGUGCGCAUCUCUCCACAAACGUGCUUAUAUCAUCACUACUAUGCUGAAUAUCUGUCUCAUUGGCAGCGGCGGGGUGGGGACGAUCUCCUCGCUCGUGCUAGAGAAGUCCAAGCAAGCGAAAGUCACGGCCGUCCUGCGCUCGAACUACCAAGUCGUCGUCGAGAAGGGCUUUGAGAUCGACUCUGCGGAUCACGGCAAGAUUUCUGGCUGGCGACCGACGACGAUUGCCUCCAGCGUCGAAGAUGCGGCCGUCAAGGGCGCCCCGUACGACUACGUAGUCGUGGCCCUGAAAGCCCUGCCCGACGUGUACUCCGUCCCCGAGAUCAUCUCCCCCGUCGUCACGCCCGGCACGACCGCCAUCGUGCUCAUCCAGAACGGCAUCGACAUCGAGCUCCCGCUCAUCGAGGCCUUCCCGCGCUGCACCGUCAUGUCGGGCGUCAGCUACAUCGAGACGCGCAUCCGCUCCAACGACGUCUACCACGAGAGCCCCGAGAAGAUCUGGCUCGGCGCGCACUUCCACGCCGGCCUCCCGCGCGACGUCCAGGAGGCGCAGGCGCGGCGUUUCGUCGAGGUCUAUGCCGCCGGGGGCCCCCGGCUGUGCGUCUACGCCGAGGACAUCCAGUACUACCGCUGGCGCAAACUGUUCUGGAACGGCGCUUUCAACACCCUGUGCACGCUGACUGGCUGCGACGUCGGCCGCUUGCAGGACGCUGGGGGCAUGGACACGCUUCUGAGGCCGCUACUGCAGGAGAUUCACGAGGUUACGAAGGCGAAGGGGUUUGUAUUUGAGGAGGAUAUGAUUGCGAAGACCAUUAGGGAGACGCCUCCGACGAGCAAUUUCAGGCCGAGUAUGCAGGUGGACUUGGAAAAGGGGAAUCCGCUGGAGAUUUAUCCGAUUCUUGGGGGUAUGGUGAGGCAUGCGGAGAUGUUGGGCGUGGAGGCGCCGAUUCUACGGACGGCAUUCAAUGUUUUGAAGGUGGUGCAGUGGAGGGUGAUUGAGGAUAGGAAGAACGGGAAGGUUUGA